GGAGUUGUCCCGCCCCCCUGAGCCUCUGGGUGAAGGGUCAGUUUGUUUUUUCCUGCAACAGACACACACGUCCUCCGCUUCUGCAGAGUCACAACAGGACUUUGAAAAGCAGCAAAGAUGCCGAAGCUGAUGGAAGAGGAGGUAUUUAAGGCGUUCGCCACCUACGCCACGAUCGUCAUUCUGAAGAUGUUGCUGAUGGCUCCCAUGACGGCAUACUUCCGCUUCACCAGGGGGGCUUUUGCAAAUGAGGAAGACGUUGCCAGGAAAUCUGCAGAGGUGAGGAAGAAGCAGUUCAGAACCCACCCGGAUGUCGAGAGAGUUCGAAGGUGCCACUUGAACGACCUGGAGAACGUGGUUCCCUUCGUGCUGAUCGGCCUCCUCUACGCCCUGACGGGCCCCGAGCUCUCCACCGCGCUGCUUCACUUCCGCCUCUUCGCCGGCAGCCGGGUGGUCCACACCGUGGCCUACCUGGGCGCGCUGCCCCAGCCCAGCAGGGCGCUGUCCUGGAUGCUGGGCAUGCUGGUCACCUUCUCCAUGGCUUACAGGGUGCUCGGCCAAGCUCUGGUCCUUUAGAGACAAUCCUGCGUUGUUGUUUUUUUAAAUAGCUAUAUGUCUCUGAGCUUGAUUAUUAAACAUCAUUUUGCAUUCCCUGGAACGUUUCUUUUUAAAACACUUCUCCAUCAGCUUUGCGUCCGGGUGAUAACUUCUCAAGGUGACGGCACAGGUGGUAAAACUCAAAUUAAUUAUUUAAAGUACAGGUGUUAAAUGUGGCACGAGGUCAUUCAUAUUAAAUGUUUUAAAAGUAAAAUCCACCCAGUUAGUUAAAACGGCCCGUCUGAUGCAAUAUUCAGACGUUAAUGUGACUCUGAUCCGGUGGAUAAUGUGUCUGAGGCUGAGACUACCGGAGGUGGUAUUUCAGGUCCGGGCUGCUCUCACAGAUUACGCAACACCAGAAUUAAUUCCACACAUGCUGACCUUUGGACUUGUUUUUUUGCUUCUCAUGAUGACUGUGCAAAUAACAAUAACGACAACUUAAUGUUUGACCAGAAUAAAACAAAUAACGUAACUACUCUUGCCUGUAAUUGUAAAAUAAACUCCUUUGUUUAAAGAUC